AGAAUCUCUUUCACCUCCCCCACGUAUUUCUACCUAACGAUGUUGACAUUGGACGCUCCGCUCCAUUUUCCCGCACCGAGCCACCUCCUCGCGCGCACGCGGCCCCGGUGCCGCCCCGAUCCCAAUGGCGUCGUCCUCGUCGGAGAUGCGCGCGGCGGCGGCGCUCGCGGGGGCGGUUCGGGAGAUCUCGGCGCUCGGCGGCGGUGGCCCCGCCGCCGCCUCCGGCGAGCUCGGGGCCGAGCGCCUCCGCCUCGCCCGCAAGGUCUCGCUCCUCUCCCACCUCCUCGACGAGAUUGUGGAGUUCCUCGCCGGAAAAGGUGCCGCGGCGGAGGCCUCGUCCUCGGCGGCGGAUCCGAUGUUGUGCUUAGAGGAGCUGCUUCGGGCGCUGGAGACGGCGAAGAGGUUCCUCCUCCUCGGCCUAUCACCUCCGCCUUCGCCGCCGCUGCAUUUAGAGAAUGCUGCCUCUGAUGUGAGGCGCAAAUAUAUAGCACUGCAGUUAAAAUACGUCACUUGGCAGCUGGAGAGGGCUCUUGGAAACUUUCCUUUUGAUUAUUUUGGAGUAUCAGAUGAGAUCCAAGAACAGGUUGAGCUGGUUCGUGUUCAGCUUAGACGAGGGAUGGAGAAGAAAGGGACUCCUGAUGUAAAUAUAUUUUCAGAAAUUCAUGGUGUUUUAUACUGCCGUGGUGAAGAUAUUCAAAGACAAGUGUCAACUGAAUCUGUGAAAUUGGAGACAGAAAACAUUGGGGACUAUAUUCAAAUUUUGCGAGAAAUUGUUGUAGACAUAAAUGGGAAGUCUUCACUGGAUUAUGAGGGAAUGGUAUAUAAGCUAAUUGAAAGAUUUGAGAAGCCUCAAGUUGUCGACUCAACUAAAUCUGUCAAAGCCCCUCACAGAGUGAAGAAGAGCACAAACGAAGCCAAAAAACCUGAGUCCCUGGUGAUUCCUGAGGAUUUUCGUUGCCCAAUAUCUCUAGAACUGAUGAGAGAUCCUGUUAUUGUAUCCACAGGCCAGACAUAUGACAGGGCUUAUAUCCAAAGAUGGAUUGACUGUGGCAACCAAACAUGCCCAAAGACUCAGCAGAGGCUUCAGAACCUUAUUCUGACCCCUAAUUAUGUGUUGAAAAGCUUAAUUAUGCAAUGGUGUGAGAAGAACAGGAUCGAGCAGCCAGGUAAAUCUAUUAGUGGAUGGAUAAGAAAGAACGACGGCUCAUAUGAGGUUAGUGGGGACAGAAUGGCUAUUGAUGCACUAAUUCGCAAUCUCUGCAGCAGUUCUUUGGAAGAGCAGAGAUCUGCUGCUGCUGAAAUACGGUCGAUGGCAAAAAGAAGCACGGAAAGCCGUAUCCUGCUGUCUGAGGCUGGAGCUAUCUCGGCUCUUGUGAAUACCUUAUCCUCAAAAGAUCCCAAACUCCAAGAACAUGCGGUAACUUCUCUAUUGAACCUAUCUAUAUAUGACCCUAACAAGGAACUUAUAGUACUGGCCGGGGCUAUUCUUCCUAUUAUCCAAGUGCUUAAGAUGGGUAGCAUGGAGGCGAGAGAAAAUGCGGCAGCUGCCAUAUUUAGCUUAUCGCUCACUGACGAGAAUAAGAUUACAAUAGGAAGCACACAAGGAGUAAUGGAGGCUUUAGUUGGCCUGCUAAAAGGUGGGAGUACAAGAGGAAAGAAGGAUGCCGCAACUGCUCUCUUCAACUUGUGUAUUUACCAAGCAAACAAGGUUCAUGCAGUGAAGGCAGGGAUUCUGAAGCCUUUAGUUGAGAUGCUUCAGGAUUCAUCAGGCAAUGGCAUGGUCGAUGAAGCAUUGACUAUUUUAUCUGUCCUUGUGAGCCACAAAGAGUGUAAGGCCGCAAUAGCCAAGGCUAAUAUGAUACCCCUUUUGGUUGAUUUGCUAAGAACUGGUCAGCCGCGAAACAAGGAGAAUGCAGCAGCUGUUUUGCUCGCACUUUGCAAGAAAGAUGCUGAGAACCUUGCUUGCAUAGGAGGACUCGGCGCUGCCACACCGCUAACUGAGCUCACGAAGAGUGGCACGGACAGAGCAAAGCGCAAAGCUACUUCUCUCUUGGAGCAUCUUGGUAAGUUGCAGAUGCUCUGAAUGAAGGUACGUUUCGAUAUUUCUUACUCGCGGAGUUUCUUCUUUUGCACAGGAAAUUGUAAGUUUGUGUAUCAUUGUGUCAAUCCAGUAGAUUAAGCAGUCAUUUCUGUUAUGUGUCAUUAAUUUCAAUCUUGAUGGAGUGUUUGAUUCAAUUUGUUUCCAUGCAAAUUCAAUAAGCCUCAGCAAAUAAGAAGUUGAUGUUGUUGCAGAAAAUGUGUAUGCUCUUAUGACAGUUUAAGUCUGAAAUGGCAAUACUCUGAGAAUUUCAGUUUUAGUUUUUUGAA